AACCAAUCUAUAGAUCUACCCGGACACCGGCGACCAGGAUAAAAAAUUGCUUCCGUAAAUACCACGCGUACAUCAUCACAAAGGACAUAUGAUUUGAAGAAGACUUCAAGUCCUAGAGAGAUCACAUCAGUCAGAAUGCUGCGUCUCUGUUUCGUCGUCGUCUUCACCGUCGUCAUCGUCGUCGUGGUCGAUGCGCUGCCGCAGCCGAAACUUCGUCAUCUCAAUCAUGGAGGCUUCGAGGUCUCUAUUGAAGUGGAUGGCGAUUUGAAGCACGGUAAAGCGGAUGUUAACGUUACAUCCGGUCGCAAAAUCAAGUACACGCUGGUCGGAACACAAAAUGGAAAAAGGCUCGUGUCAAGUGGCAGAAUGAAAACAGGGGAGACGGGAGUUUCUGUGGUCCCUCAGAAUCAGCCCAGCCAGGGCUGGCUGGUGUUCCGUGACGAUUUCGAUGGCCCCGUCAGCACCGACAACUGGGAAUAUGAGGUCUCCAUGUAUGGCGGCUAUAACUGGGAGAUACAGGUGUACACUAGCGACCAAUUGAACGUCUUCACCAGGAAUGGGAACCUGUUCUUGAAACCGACACUCACUUCUGAAAAGUUCGGCGAACAUUUUUUGCACCAUGGGACAAUGGAUGUCAGAAAAAUCUGGGGUUCUUGUACAAACGCUGACCGCUGGGGGUGUGUACGUGAAGGUCGGAACGGUAUCCUCCCGCCCGUUAUGUCCGGAAAACUGAAGAGCAAGAAGACCAUCAAGUUCGGUCGGGUGAACGUGCGCGCACGAAUACCUCAGGGCGAUUGGAUAUGGCCAGCUAUUUGGAUGCUGCCACGUCACUUACAAUAUGGGGGAUGGCCUGCUUCCGGUGAAAUUGACAUCAUGGAAAGUAGAGGCAACAGUUUUGCGCGCGAUCCAAGUGGAAAUGAUCAUGGGCGAAACGAGAUUGGUGCCACUCUGCACUGGGGACCAAGCCCGUCACAGAACAGAUGGGAACUAACCCACGCGGCAAGAACCGACGGGUCCUUUUCCAACUCCUUCCACCUGUAUUCGCUAGACUGGACAGUUGACCACAUCAUCGUAUCUGUUGACAAUCAGGAGGUUUUGCGCGUCCCGAUCGGAAGUGGAGGAUUCUGGCAGAAGGGCGGAUUUCACGGUCACAACCCCUGGGGGAGCGGGUCCAAGGCCGCCCCAUUCGAUACGGCCUUUUACCUCAUCUUGAACGUUGCCAUUGGUGGAACCAAUGGCUUCUUCCCGGACACCUGGACAUACAAUAGCCGCAAACCAUACUGGAACAACUCCCCCAAUAUUAACCAAAACUUCUGGGACGCCCGGAACGAGUGGCGCCCAUCGUGGCAAGGGGACAAUGUCGCUAUGGAGGUGGACUACGUAGAGAUGUUCCAGUACUAAACACUGGGCUAGUUGUGAUUUGAGGUCUGAUUCGCACCACGAAAGCACAGCUCGUUCAAGAUGUAAUGAGAACCCAUAUGCUAAUGUAUUCUUGCAAAUAAAUAAAAUAAAAGUAGAAAUCUG